UCUCACAGUUAAUGUGAGAAAGUAUUUGCUUUCAUCUGCAUCUCUUGACAUUCAACUUCACUGGAUGGCUCUGAAUAUUAUGAAAGCAUGGGGGAACCUUCCACCUGUUGGUUCUCUGCACACUGGGCAUAAUUUUAUAUGCUUAACACUAUAUCUCUCCUUGCUUCCCAGUCAUUAGCCUUCGGUGGCAGGUUCUGUGGGCAGUGUUUUGUAAUUUUGCAUCCCAGGAUGCUGCCAUAUUAAUUGGCAGAGCUUGUGAUGAAGACUGCAGAUUGCAGGCUGUUCCAGCAGCUGUUCUAGAGGAAUAAGAAAGACCUGGACAUCUUGCCCAUCUUCUCUCUCUAGGCUGAAGACAAGAUGGCGCCUGAGCCUAGGCUUAAGAAGCUGGAGCCAGUUCUUUUGCCAGGUGAAAUUGUGGUGAACGAAGUGAAUUUUGUGAGGAAAUGCAUUGCAACAGAUACAAGCCAAUACGAUCUCUGGGGGAAGCUGGUUUGCAGCAACUUCAAAAUCUCCUUCAUCACUGAUGAUCCCACACCACUUCAGAAGUUUCAAUACAAGAACCUUCUCCUGGGAGAACAUGAUGUUGCACUAACAUGCAUCGAGCAGAUAGUCACAGUAAAUGACACAAGAAGGAAACAGAAAGUUCUAGGUCCAAAUCAAAAACUCAAGUUUAAUCCAACAGAACUAAUCAUUUACUGUAAAGACUUCCGUAUUGUCCGGUUUCGUUUUGAUGAAGCAGGACCAGAAAGUGCAAAAAAGGUACUUCUACAGGUGUGCCUUGCGAUAGCUCAUUAUUCCCAGCCAGCAGAUCUCCAGCUCCUCUUUGCGUUUGAAUAUGUGAGCAAGAAGUACAAUAAUCCAGCCAAAAAGGUGAAUGGGUUAGACCCUGGAGGAGGUGGCGGUGGCCAGCAAACCCCAUUAUUUGAAACAUACUCAGACUGGGAUAGAGAGAUCAAGAGAACUGGUGCAUCAGAAUGGCGCGUGUGUUCAGUCAAUGAAGGCUAUAUGAUAUCUACCUGUCUUCCAGAAUACUUCGUGGUGCCAUCAUCUUUGGCAGAUCAAGAUCUCAAGCUCUAUUCCUAUUCCUUCACUGGGAGACGGAUGCCAAUGUGGUGCUGGAAUCAUCCCAAUGGAAGUGCCCUUGUGAGGAUGGCCAACAUAAAGGAUUCUUUGCAGCAGAGAAAAAUAGACCAGCGGAUUUGCAAUGCAAUCACCAGAAGCCAUCCACAGAGAAGCGAUGUUUACAAGUCUGACUUGGACAAAGGUUUGCCGAAUAUCCAAGAAAUCCAGUCUGCCUUUCUCAAACUCAAGCAAUUAUGUGUGAAUGAACCUUUUGAAGAAACAGAGGAGAAAUGGUUGUCCUUGUUGGAUAAUUCACGGUGGCUAGAGUAUGUGAGACUCUUCUUGAAGCAUUCUGCAGAACUUGUGUACAUGUUGGAUAGUAAGCAUGUUUCAGUAGUUUUACAAGAAGAGGAAGGGAGAGACUUGAGCUGCUGCGUGGCUUCCCUCGUUCAAGUGAUGCUGGAUCCAUAUUUUCGGACCAUUGUUGGAUUUCAAAGCCUGGUUCAGAAGGAGUGGGUCAUGGCAGGAUAUCCAUUCCUGGAUAGGUGUAACCACCUGAAGAAAUCUGACAGAGAGUCACCCUUGUUCUUGCUGUUCCUGGACUGUAUCUGGCAACUGCUGGAGCAGUACCCAUCCGCCUUUGAGUUCUCUGAAGCUUACUUGACGAUACUGUAUGACAGUACGCGGAUCUCGUUGUUCGGCACCUUCCUCUUCAACUCUCCACAUCAGAGAGUAAAGCAGAGCACGGAGUUUGCUAUAAGCAAAAACAUCCAGCUUGGCGAUGAGAAAGGCCUGAAAUUUCCUUCUGUUUGGGACUGGUCUCUUCAGCACACAGCCAGGGACCGCAUGCUGUUUCACAACCCCUGGUACAUUGGAAAGAGUGCACCUUGUGUACACAACGGGGCUGUGAAAUCCUUUAAGCGGACAAAGAAGAACUACAGUUCAACACUCAGAGGUCUCCCUCCAUCCCUAAAAAAUGGGAUAAUCAGCGAACAAGACUUUCUUCCAAGAAGAAAUUCCCUCAUUUUAAAACUGAAGCCAGACUUCCUCCAUCACAUGGACAACAACACCAGUGGCAUGGAACAAUAUUUCAGAGAGUGGUUUUCCAAGCCGGUUGACUUGCAUGGCGUUCUCUUACCCCGCCUCUCUGGAACGCAGAUCAAACUCUGGAAACUUUGCUACUUCCGCUGGGUCCCCGAGGCCCAGAUCAACAGCGGGGGGUUUAUCACAGCUUUCCACAAGAUCUCCUUGUUGGCAGAUGAAGUAGAUGCAUUGAACAGGAGCCUACGGCAACAGAACAGUGGCCCACCUUUGCUAACUAACCCUUCCGAACUGGAGCAGAGUCGGAUGUACUUCAGAGCGAAUGGGCUCAAUGAUACUUCCGUCACCCCCGAGUUCCUCUCUUCCUCCUUCCCCUUUUCUCCUGCAGGGAAUCUUUGCCGACGGAGCAUUCUAGGAACGCCACUGAGCAAAUUCUUAAGUGGUGCCAAAAUCUGGUUGUCCACAGAGACACUGGCCAAUGAGGACUGAUGGCUUCAGUGCAAGGUGCCAGUGAAGGGACUGAGGACUAGCGCCUUGACACAACACUGCUAACCACAGCACCAGAAGCUCUAAUAAUUUUAUAUAUUAAGGUUAGCUAUGUUUUUGCACAAAGUAUUUAAAAGCAAGUGUGUCGUGCUUUCAAAUCGCACAACCUUUCCCUCCCCACAGCUGUCCCACCUUAUCUUGCCUUUCUUUUCAGCCAUUGUUCCUGCUUUCAUAAUAAGAGUUGUAUAUCAUUCAAGGUUUGUUUCUUCCCAGCCCAGCAAAGUUUGGCUGUGGUGACUAAUUGUGUUUUCUUUGUGCUGUGAAGCUCCUUUUUCCACUUGCUGACGGAAGCAAAUCUUUCAUCAGCUUGCACUGAUUGAUAGAUGAAGACAGAUAUUGAAGGAGGAAAAGAAAAACAGAUUUGCAGGGUCGGAUUUGAUUGCCCUUAUUGGUGCAAAUACAGAGAUAUAUGUUUUGACAAGUUACAGAUUUAUGGCAUGAUACAGCAGCUAAGGUUAGGCACUUUAAAUACCCAUUGAUUUCCACAGUACUUCUAAAGUAUCCCUCUUUCAAAAUAAAUUAAAAUUUAAAAGCUUUUACUCUUGCGAGAGCUGAUCUGGGCAUGAUCUGGUUUAGCCUGUGAAUCUGUUUUUUUUAUUUCUACCCUCAUUUAGGGUCUGAGGCUGCCUUUUAGUUUAAAGCAGGGCUGGGCAAUAGUUUUGGUCUAUUGGGCCACAUUGAGGCCCCAAGAACAAUUUCUACACAUUUUAAGCCUCUCUCGGCCCUUUUAGGUCCAAGGAAGGCUCCCUCCAAUAGGAAACGACCUAAACGUCAAUGUCCACAGCACUUUGUGUUGGAAAAGGGUAUCUCUCUAGCCUAAAAGAGCUGAGGAGGGAAAUGUGGAGAAAAUGGCUGCUCCCAACUCCAAGGAAAUUGUUACUAAUUGUUUUGGGAUUUCUUUUUGAAUUCCCCCCUCCCCCCAACACAUAAAGCAUCUUUAUGGAAGUACAGGGUGUACUGUUGACGGCUGGGUACUCAUAUAUAUUGUCACUUCUUUACUGUGUCUGAGAUCAGGUGUGAGCUGUAGGAGUGAACGUUUUCUUAAAUCACAUGAGUAAAUUCCCUCUUUAGCUAUGGUUAUAAGUGCUUCACUCAAUACUUUCAUGACCUAGGCUAAAGGGAAACCUAGGUUGUUUUCACUGUGGUUAAAUGUGAAGGCGGAAUUAGCUGCUGAGGUCUGCAGAGGUAGACGGGGGUUCAUUACAAUUUGCACAAACCCCAAACCAUGCUUGCUGAUGGUAGCCUUAGAAGUGCCUUCUGUUCCAUUGAAAGCCCCCACCUCAUUUUAAAAAUAUCUCUCCUUCUUGAAAGUCAGUUAUUCUCAUGUGGUAAGCUAACAUUCUACCCAGUAACCCAUUUUUCAGAUCCCCAUUCAUAACAAUUUUUGGAAAUUAUCAAAAGCCAUUACCAUCUGAGCAGCAAAAGAAAUGUUGAUAGCAGCAUGCUAGAGUAGAAUCAACUAUGAACAGGCAUUGAUAUGUUGCAAAAUCAAGAUUGUCCUAAAAUGUCGUUGGAGUUCUUACUUAUGGUUGACAGCCUUUGGGAAAUAGUUGGGGGUUUGUGAACUUUUGUGGCCAACCCUAUGGGUACUGCAGGCAUUUUGGACAACAUGGGGAAGUCUCUUUAAGAAAGUUGUUGGGAGUUAGGGAGUACGUUGGCCCACCCAGGAGACCUUGAAGGGUAAUAGCAGCCUAAAAAAUAAUGCUUUCCCCCCAAAUGCCCUCUUGCAUCUAGUGAUGUGAGGAUCAUUUUCCCCAUUAAGUUAGACUCUGGGCAGGCCAUAGAAACAGAUGCUGAGGGUGGAUGAAACCCAUAGGCAGCACUUCGCUCAUUCUUACUUUAACUGGAUGGCCCUGCUGUUAUACUGGUGCUACAGUCUCUCAUCCUAAACUAUUGAUGACUCCUGGGUUAUGUGAUGAAUUUCAUUGCAUCUCACACAUAUUGCCUUGGACAGUCCUAUGAAAUCUUUAAAUAUGGGUAGAGUAGUCAGUUGAAGUUCUAGAGCUGAACUAUCCUCAAGGUACCCAGAUCCCAUCUGAUCUUAGAAACUAUGCAGGGCCAGCCCUGGUUAGUACUUGGAUGGCAGACGGCAAACAAAGACCAGGCGCUGUAAGCUAUAUUUCAGAGGAAUGAACUCUUCCGAGGAGUCCUUGCCUAGGAAAAUUCUGUGAAAAUCACGAGGGCAGUCUAAGUCGCAAGGCGAUUUGAAGGCAAAUGUACACACUUAGUAGAAGCAUUCCAUUUAGACUGGACACUGUCAGUCUUCUUGGGGUUCUUGUGACAUGCGCCUGCUACCCAGGAAAGGGACCUGCUUUUGCUCUCUUAUCAGUAGGAUAAUUCCUCCCUCUCUUUCAAAACCUUUGGAUGGGAGUUGUGUACACAGCAUCCUUUGCAUAUGUCCUCCUCACCAUUGAGCACCUAUGUUAAGUACUACCUGAAAACUCUUCUGCCCCCUCCCAAUGUUUCCAUACUUGCCUCCUGAAUCCUUAGCCCACAAAGUGCUAACUGGGGUGACAGGUAUCACUGGAAAAUAUCCAAGUGCUGUCUAACUUGGUGUGAUCUAUCAUGGGUGUUAACCACAUGCUUAAGGUAUUUCUCUUGUUAUAACGUUUAAAUUUUGUAUGUGUCCAGUCUGUGUCCUGAUUUUUCACCUUUUUUUAGAAAAAAACAGUGUUAGGAACUUUACCAAGGUAACUUUCUUUGUGGAUCUGCUACUUAUGCCUAAAAGUCUUAACUGCAUUUCAGAUGUAAUAAUUUUUGCUAACUGAUUGAAGGUUGAAUGAAUAUAUUUUGCAAAAGUUACUAGGUAAGAUGCUGAACUUUUGAAACAUGUAUUAUAUAUUACCUGAGCAAAUGCCUCCCUCUCUCCUUACAGGAGUUGUUGGGGUUUUUUAAACCUUGCAUGUUUUGUAGCUGAUGACGUUUCUUAGCCUUUCGGUGUUUCAGACCUUUGCCUUUAAGAAUAGCUUCCUAUCAACUGUCUUUACCAAAUGGAGUAGAGUGGAUUUAUAACUAGAGUGAUUUAAGCAAAACUAAGGGGUUAAAUUACCAAGCUAAUAGGACCCUGAAUGAAAUAAGUCUUGGCAGGAAAGAAGGCUUGUUAAAUUGAAUGAAAUGUUCUGGCAAAGCAAGAGAACAGCAGAAGUUGAAUUUUGGGCAUCUAAUAUCUGGGGGUUUGUGUGUGGAGAUUAGUAAUAUGACGGGUGGUGAAACGGUCCCUUUAAUGAUAAAAUUUUGGAGGGUAGGUAAUUAAAAGAAGUGGCAGAGGGCUAGGUGAGUGUUGAUUUGCAUUCUUUAUCCCUGUUCAGACAGUUAUGACAGUUAUGGUUGUGGUCACUUGGCAUGUUGAAGAGCCGUGCUCCUGCAGCCGACUGGCUGCGCUUGUCUCCUGUGGCUAAAGCCUGGGCCUCUCCUGAAGUUGUGCAGCCAUCCAUCUUGGGAGCUCCAGUAUCUGGUCUCAUGGUUCCAUGAACUUGGUGUGUCUGAAGCUGUUGGGUCUCUGGAGUGGUCCUCUCUGCCUCUUCUGUGCCCUUUUGGGCUGACACCAGGGCAGCUGGGAAUUCUCCCCCCUUGCCCUGGGGCUGUAGCUUUGGAUCUUUUGCUGUAGGUUCCACUGCAGCCUCGGGUCUCUGGCCCACUCUAUUUUGGAGGACAAGGUCUAGCCACUCACCUGGCUGAGUCUGCAAAGCCGAGGACUGUCGUCUUCCUUCUUGGUCUUUGGCUCCGGCCUGUUGGAGCCCCUGGGACUCCUUUUUCCACUCUUGGAUGGUUCUCAUGAAUUCGAGCACUCUGACCCAAACCUGUGAGACGUAAAGCUGUAAGUCUCUUAUUUGCCGUAAAUUCUUAGCCUCUGCUGAGGCCUCUGGGGUCUGGCCCUCUUCAGCAGCCUUCUGGCCCUGGUUCUACAACUUAAGGGCGAGCCGGUUCUGCCUUGGAGUCACCAUAGCUGCCACCCGGCACUUCAGCCCCCUUUCCUUGGGGCUUAGGUCCUCCAAGAAGCUCUCCCUUGCCUGCCUGCUUGUCUUUUCUUCGGCCUGUUCCAGGUGUUCUAAAGUCCUUGCGAUCUGCUCCAAUCUCAAGGCAAGGACCACACAGCCCUUCUCCAGUUGCUCCUCCAUCAGGCAAGUUCCCCAAAAAAGGAAAAUUUAGGG